GAAAAAUUUCACGUAGCCCUCCUUUUGACGCAAAAUGAAACGCCCGCAUUCCGUGCUUCAUGGCUACUUCAAAGCUCUUCCACCGCCUCCGUCGCUCUCCCGCCCCUUCCCUUGUUCCCAUUCUCUCGAGCGCGCGUCUCUCUAACCUCCUUCCCAGCCCUAUCCCUGUCCCUAGCUCUCCAGCUCCCCACUCAUCUCACCCUCGCAAUCCUCGUUUCCUCCCGCCCCUGAACCCAACCGCUUCUUUCCACCUGUUCCACUCCCGAUCUUUCUCCUCUCAUUUACCUGAUGACUCCGAGCUCGGGCGACUCGGCAGUGACCCGUGUGCUGAGGCAGCGGCCGAAUUGGAGCUUCUAAAUGCAGGACUUGGUAAAGUAACGGAGGCAGAGCUUGAUGUUACUGUCGACGAUUCCAUUCUUCCGGUUCAUUGGGUGAUUUCGAUGCUCGAUGGCUACCACGACCUCACUGGAUUCCCUUGGUGGAUAGUUAUUGCUUCCUCCACUUUGGCUCUCAGAGUUGCACUGCUCCCAGUACUGAUUUGCCGGCUUAACAAGUUGAAAAAAAUUGCAGAAUUAUUACCGAAGUUGCCUCCUCCAUUGCCACCACCUCUCUCAGGAAGGAGUUAUAUUGAUCAAUUUUCACUCUUUUAUAAGGAAAAAAGAGCGAGUGGAUGCCCUUCAUUUUUGUGGUUCCUUGCAUACUCCUGCAUCCAGAUACCAUGCUUUCUCUUGUGGAUGACUACCAUUCGGAGAAUGUCACUGGAUCAUCAUCCUGGUUUUGAUUGUGGCGGUGCUUUAUGGUUUCAGAACUUGACUGAAUUCCCUCACGGUGUUUCAGGCCCCAUCUUUCCCCUGUUAAUUGCUGGCUUGCACUAUAUUAAUAUUCAGGUUUCUUUGGGGACAUCUUCAGUUGGAAAAGGAAAUGGCUUGCUUGGCUUGUUGGCAAAAUACUACAAAUUCUGCUUGGAUAUUUUUACUCUGCCUUUAUUUUUUAUUGGUUACUGUAUCCCUCAGGGGAGUCUAGUCUAUUGGGUUACCAAUAGUUCAAUAAGUGUCAUUCAGCAAUUAUCUCUCAGGCAUCCGGCUGUACGUGCAAAAUUGGGGUUACCAGACAAGGAUGCUCCAACUGUUGAUCCUGGAAUAACACCCAUAGAUUCUCCAAUAAAGCAGGGCAAAGUUUCUGUACAGAGCUUAUCCCCUAAAGAACUACUUGCUCUCUCAGUUAAGCUCUUAGCAAAAGGGCAAAAAGAAAGUGCGAUUCCUUUGCUACGGAUGGCACUUGACAAGGAUCCUGAAUACACGAGAGCUAUGAUCGUUAUGGGGCAGACUCUAUUGCAAAAUGGACAGCUUGUAGAGGCUACUGGAUACUUAGAGGGUGCCAUUUCCAAGAAUUCAAAAGUAUGCAGAGGAUGGUGGAUGCCUUGUAUGAUCGGCCCUAUUUGCCAUUAGCCCAUGGAUUGUGGGUGGAGCAUGGCUGUGAUGUCCACAAGUGAGUCAUUUUAAACUUGGGAAGCAGCAGUUCUUUUGAUUCUUUCUCUACUUGGAAACCAGAGUAUGCUUCUAGUUUUGGGCAAGUGGUGUUUGUUUUUAUGGUGGAAUUAGGAAAGAUGUCUUGAGAGGAGUUGAAUUUGGCUUCCAUCAUUCAGGAAACAAUCACAAAGUACAACAUUGAAAUUGGAAGUAAUUGCGCCUGGGGUGGAGGUAUCAAAUUCAAGGGAAAUAGAGCCACAAGCACAAGCCAGGAAGUACUCUGCUCAUUUUAGAGAUUGCCGUGUCACAUGCAAUAUGUUAAGAAGGGACUGGUUGUGAAUCACCCGAAUGUGGACCAUCUAAAUUAUAUUGACUACUGCGAAGGGCUGAAUGGUGCACCUUGGUCUGGUCUAGGCUCAAUUUCUGGGCAGGUCCAUAAAUGGUUUGACCCAUUCACUUACCGGGAGAGAGUGGAGAACUUCAUGGACACAUAUGAAGAGGAUCUAGAAUUUCUUCUACUUUAUUGCAGAGUGGGAAUGGUUUCGUCCCAUGCAAAUCGACGAUUAUUCACUGGUUAUAGGUUUGAGGUUGUCAGCAGAGCAUUUCAUGCAAUUUUCCAGAGGCAAUUUUAAUAUGUCUUUCAAUUUGAGUUUACAGUUUUUUUUUUUUAGUCUGAUUUAUUAAAGGGGAUUAGAACUUGAUAGUACUUGCUAAGUGAACUGCUUCCAAAGUUUUUCUAAUCUAGUUUAUCGAGAGGAUUGUAACUCAUGGUGCUUGUGGAGUUAACAUGUGUUGGUUUAGUUGAGAAACCUUUGCUAUCUUGGAUUGAUCACAAUGUAUCGUACAUGGCAUUGCUAUCAUGUUGAGCAAGUGGAAUUUGUAGCUUAUUUUGA